AUGGACCACGUAUCUAGGGCAAUUCAGCAGCCCCGAGCGGUGGUCACUCGCCUCCAACGUUACUGCUUCCGCCGCAAUUACCAUCUACGACCCUCCUCUUCUCGCGUUAUCCCUCCCUCCUCCCACCGCCUCGGACCUCGUGCUGCGGCGACCACUUUCAACACCUACACCUCCAACCUCCCCAACACCACCCCUUCAUAUCGGAUAGCUUUGCGGCGCCACGCCUCGACGAUGGCGGACCCACAGUUUGCAGAGGGGACCAACCCCGAACAGGCGCGCCAGGGAUUGCAGACACUGCAGGAACAGGGAUGGGUACUGGAUGAGGAUGGACAGGGCGUGAAGAAGACCUUCUAUUUCAAGUCGUACUUCAAGGCGGUGAGCUUUGUCAACGUGGUCGCAUCGCAGAGUUCGACCAAGAAGCACCAUCCUACCAUGACUGUGAGAAUCGGAUCGGUCGAUAUCCACUGGACUACCCACCAUCCUCGGGGCUUAAGUGAGAAGGACUUGGAAAUGGCGCAGCAUUGCGACGAGGCAGCGGAGCUGAUGGGGUCGGUGGAACAAGGACAGGGGAAAAAGUGCGCUCCGGGUCGAGACUAA